AUGGCUGAAUGUUAUUUGUGUUAUUGUCAAAUCAUUGGCGAGCAACAAUCAAUUGGAACACAAUUCUUCCUUCAUACAAGAGAGGUGCGUAAUCCAAGAACAGAAAUCGGUCGUCAUAUCGGAUUGGGCACAUGGAAUGCAUCUCGAUCAACAAAAAUAUUGAUACACGGUUUUCUCGAUAAUAGUCAACAAACAUGGUGGUUCGACAUGAUCAAUGCUCUUCUCGACGCGGAAGAUUGCAAUGUUGUCAUGACUGACUGGUCUAAGGGCAAUAAAUUUCCAUACACUCAAGGAUCAGCAAACGGUCAAGUUGUAGGCGCUGAGAUUGCUCUACUAGUCAAAUUUAUGGAAGGACACGGAGGAAAAGCUGCUAAUAUGCACAUUAUUGCACACAGUCUAGGAGCCCAAAUAGCUGGCUAUGCGGGAGAAAGAAUACCUGGUCUAGGUCGAAUUUCAGGUUUGGAUCCGGCGGGGCCUUAUUUUGAAAAGACCGACGCCGCUGUCCGUCUUGAUCCAACUGAUGCACAGUUCGUCGACGUUAUUCAUACGGAUGCAUCACACGCAUUACUUCUCGGUUCUCUAGAACCAUACGGUCAUGUAGAUAUCUAUCCAAAUGGUGGCAAAGAUCAACCAAAGUGUCCGCAAACAGCUGGUAAACUUUUGUUGGGUCUCACAAAUGCCGCUCAAAUCGAUUUAAAUGGUGUUUUUGAAACAACGAUGUGUAGUCACUUUGCCGUUGUUCACUAUUACACAGAGUCCAUUCGUAGUAAAUGUCCCUAUAUGGCAUAUCCAUGUUCAUCGUUCGAUGAAUUUCGAUCAGCUAAAUGUUCGAUAGCAUGUGAUAAUGGUGAAUGCAAUCGAAUGGGUUACUAUGCAUCACCAAGUCAAGGCCAAGGAAAAUUGUAUUUGACAACGCAGGACACUAAUAGAGCACCCUACUGUGCAUAUCAUUAUGAAAUAGUUGCAAAAUCUACUGGUGAAUAUAUUCAAACUCGAGGUAAAUUUUCCGUCACUUUAACUGGUACAUUAUCGACAGAAACUGUUACAUUUGACGAUGAUGAAACAACAUUCAAGUCAAACAGUGUUGAAACUCGACUUAUACCACUUGGCAAAGAUCUUGGUCAAAUUUUAUAUGUAAACAUGAACUUUCAAAAAACGGGUAAUUGGUUAUCUUCAGCGUUCUACUCGAAUUUAUGGUCAUUUGAAAGAAUAACUGUUAUCAAUGGCGACAGACAACAGCGGUAA